AUGGCGGACAAGCAGCCUCAGAAAAAGUUGGUGGCCGUGGAGCAGUUCUCAUCCUCUCAGCAUCACCUGCCUGGGACCACUGUGGAGACACACACACUGCAGGCUGACGCAAAGGCAGCAGCAGAGGAGGAAGCCAGGCGAUUGGGCGAGCUGCACCAGGAAGUGACGCGUGAUAGGGUGGAGCAGUUGGAGAAGGCGCGGCUUAGAGGAGAACAUGCCCUGAAGAAGGAACAUAUGACUCAGGAGCGACAGCGCAUGCUGUAUGAUUUAGAGCGAAUGCAGGCAGCUGAUUGGUUGAGAAGGAGGCAGGCCUUGCAUCAAGCUCCACCCAACAGGAACACGCACGCCCUGGCGUCCUCCCACACACACACACAUGGCCUGGCAGAUGAACGGCAGAGGAUGUUGGAGCACGCUUUCCAGGACCUGUACACCGACGAGAGAAGGGUCAAAGGUGACUUGGUGCUGCAGCUGAUGCCAGAGCCGCUUCCUGCCCCCUCUACCAGUAGCCAUGGCAACGACCUAGACUUGACCCUUGAGUCUGAGGUCACCCCUGUGGAGGAAGAGCAGGAGCCGCCUGCCGACCUGCCGAGCCAAUCACACGGUCUGCGGAGGCUGUUGGAGCGCAUCAGGUCCCAGAGGGAGCACUGGAACACUCGUUCAGUCUCUACAACAUCUCCUUUGGGUCAGCUAGCCGCUCCCAUGGCAACACAGCACAGCCAAGAUGCUGUUCCCAUGGCAACACAGCACAGUAAUGGAACUGCUCCCAUGGCAACACAGCACAGUAAUGGAACUGCUCCCAUGGCAACACAGCACAGCGAUGGAACUGCUCCCAUGGCAACACAGCACAGUGAAGAGGAUGUGGGCCUAAAUGGAAUGAGCAUCGAAACGGGAUCUCUGACCGGACUGAGGGCGGAGUCUGUCUUGCCAGUGGAACAGGUGUGUAUUUCUACUGCAUCACUAAACACCAUGAGGGCCUUACCAGAAUGUAAACAGGAAGGUCACAUCUGA